AUGACAAGCCGGAGGGUUCUCCGCAGCGCUGGUCCUGUCGAGGACCAGCCCCCUUCUCCUCCUCGCGCUGCCGCCCGCCGUGCCGCUGUCCGUCCUCGCGGCGGCUCGGGCCCUGCCAGGCGCCCUGGUGGCCCUGGUAGGGUCACGAAGCCGGCCAAACCGCAGCCCUUGGGCAAGGCUACGGAGGCGCUGUUGCGGGCCGUCCGCUGGGCCACAAAGACCCACGAAAACGCGGGCAACAAGGGCGUAUUCGACCCGUUCAAGGCCGUCGACGACGGUCAAUGGGAUGAGGACUGGGCCGCCAUGCUGCGGCGGGACCCGGCUGGCGUGUCUGGUCCUCCCUCCCAUGGGCCGAUCGCCGACAACAACGACGACAACAACGCUGCUCGCCCUCCUCCUCCUCCGCCGCCGCAGCCGCAGCCGCAGCCGCAGCCACAGCCACCGAGCGUGCCCACCAGGGCCAGCAGGCGCAUUGCCGAGCGCCGCCUUGCGGCCAGCGCCAUGAGGGACGAGAUCGAGGCCGCGGAGUUGCCCAACUCCAACGCCUCAUCGUCCACGACCGCUGCCGUCGCCGCCGCCACCUCUCCCCGCGUCCUCCGCCGCAGCAGCCGCCGCACCAAGGCCAGCUCGUCCAACACCGCCGCGGCCUCCUCCUCCUCCGCCAACAACGCGGCCAUCACGGCCAGCAACAACAACAACACCAUCGGCAGCAGCAACACUGCCACAGUUCCCUCCACCACCUCGAGAAACGGCGGCAGCAACACCGCCUCCACCCUCCCCUCCGCCAGCGCCAGCGCCAGCGCCAACAACAACGGCAGCACGAGCGGCAGCACCAGCACCGCCAACACCACCACCACCAGUCUCCCCGCUCCCCCCACCCCCGCCGCCAACGCCCUCCGCACCCUCGCCGACCCCGUCGUCGGCCGCAACGGCUUCACCCUCCUCCACCCGCAACACCGCUUCACGCGCGGCCGCGACCAAUCCCAACACCUCACCCUGCACUACACGGACAACACGCAGCCCGGCGUCCGCCAAACCCACACCUACACGCCACGCCCGCGCCGCGACGCCGCCACCGGCACCACCAGCACCCCCUCCAUCGACUGGACCUCUCCCGCCGACAUCGCGCGCCUCAACCGGUGGACGUGCCAGGUGCUGAAGCGGCACGGCGCCGCGUCGCUGCGCCCGGACGUGACGUGGUUCACGGGCGAGGAGCGGCGGUGGCUGCGCGACCUGGGCGAGCGGAUGGCGCGCGAGCUACGCGAGUGCGGCACGCCGGUGCCGACGCGCGAGGAGCAGGCGAGGAUGUUCAACGCGCGCUGGGCGGGCACGAGGGUUGGGCCCGGAGAGCGGCAGGAGGGCCGCGUGAGGCCCGUGCGGACGCCGCAUUCGUUGGAGAGCGAGAUUCAUCGGAGUGGAUUGUAUCCGGCGAGUUUGAGGGCGAGGAGGUAG